CAUUGAUCCGAAGCAUCGACUGAUGUUUCGGCUAAUGGAGCUGCCUCAGAGCGGCCGACUUCACGUUGGAUUAAAAACUGGACAAAAACAUUGUGUAGGUGGGCACCAUCACAGGAGUGGUUUCCCCUCACCAGUUUUUAUACCUUUAGUGACACUGAAUGGGUUUUGGGAGACGAUGUAACUUUUCCUCAAUUCCAAACCCCUUUCACUACCCGAGCGAUCAUCUUCGUUAUAGACCAUCUGUGCGCAACACUCUCACCAUUGGCACCAGCGCUGGCGCUCCAGGAUCGGUGGAGGUGGGCUCAGGCGGAGAAGACAGACCGAGCAGCACCGAGGCCGACGGCCGUCUAAAGUAGCGGCUACCGACCGCGGCUCCUGCAUAGCUGCUGCUGCUGCUGCAGUGCACUACGGGAUCUGAUCUCAACACCUACGGUUGGAUCAGGGAUUUGGUAGGUUGUUUCUUUUUCCCCCGGGGUCCCCAGGGCUAAACUCUCCUCCACUCCCGGCCCCCGGCAGGCCAGGGAAUGUCCCGGCGGCGAGAUGCCUUACGUGGAUCGACAGAACCGCAACUGUGGCUUCCUGGACAUAGAGGAGAACGAGAGCAGUGGCAAGUUCCUGCGUCGCUACUUCAUACUGGACACGCAGCAGGGGAGCUUGGUGUGGUUCAUGGACAACCCACAGAACCUGCCUGCCGGCACAGACUGCGUCGGUUCCCUCAAGCUCACCUACAUCUCUAAGGUGAGCGACGCCACCAAGCUGAGGCCCAAGGCAGAGUUCUGCUUCGUCAUCAACGCUGGGAUGAGGAAGUUCUUCCUGCAGGCCAACGAUCAGCAGGACCUGGUGGACUGGGUCAACGCUCUCAAUAAUGCCACCAAGAUCACUGUGCCAAAGGUGUCCGACGGGCAGCAGAACGCAGAGAACCAUAAGGCUUUACCGGAUGUCGUAGGGCCAAAGAAACAAGUCUCCUACAAGACGGAGAUCUUUGGAGGCGUCCCCAUCGUCACCCAGACCCAGCACGAAGGCGACGGUGCCGGCAGAACGGAGCGCGAGGCUCUGCAUCGCUCCCACAGCCAUCUGCCCUACUUCCUGGGGAGGCCGGCCCAGGAGCACACCGUCAUCAAGUCGGGCUACUGCGUCAAGCAGGGUGCCGUGAUGAGGAACUGGAAACGGCGAUAUUUUCUUCUGGAGGAAAACUCAAUGAGUUACUUCAAGUCAGAUCUGGAGAAAGAGCCGCUGCGAAUGAUCCCGCUGAAGGAAGUUCACAAAGUCCACGAGUGCAAACAGAGUGACAUCAUGAUGAGGGAUAAUCUGUUUGAAGUCGUCACCACAUCCAGGACCUUUUACAUACAGGCGGACAGCCAAGAGGAGAUGCACAGCUGGAUUAAGGCUGUCUCGGGCGCCAUCGUGGCCCAGCGGGGUCCGGGGAGAUCUGCUGCCACAAUGCGGCAGGCCAGACGGCUGUCGAACCCCUGUAUACAGAGGUAUACGUCUCGAAUCGGGGAGUGCAGCAGCACUCUGCUGCAGCUGUGUACCUGUCUUAGAUGUGUGACAUCCUGCUUGUCUCUCCUCUUCCCUCCUGUUCGCUGCCUGACCACGGCGCCGGCCGCCCCGCUUUCUACCGCAGCCCCGCGGGGCCCCCCGUCCCUCGCUCGCCCAUAUCUGCCGUGCCACCAUGCCACCCCGAGUGGGGGGCCGCCGUCCCGUGCGGCGCACGCCCGCAGCCUGGCGUGGGACAGCGAGCACUUCAUGAGCCUGCUGCCCCGGCCCAGUCGCAGCCGCAGCCACGCGCAGGCGCGCCUUUCCCUGCAGGAGGCGCACCUGGCCAAGUGAGCUGCGGGCCGCCCGGCGCCGAGGAGUCGCCGUGGCGACGGCGGAGCAGCUUUGAGCCCCGCGUGCCCAAGCCCCCCGUGGACCUGGACAACGCCGACCUGCCGGUGAGCGAGGUCUGAGCCCGCCGAGGAGGAGGGGAGGGGGGGUCUGGGGGCAGGUGGAUUUCGGAACCGGCCGAUUCCUAGUGGAAGCCGAUGGACACGUCACGCAUGGAGCUCCUCUGUCUGUGUGCGCUAAAGAUAAAAGUUCUCCCCCACGACCCCACAACACCCCCACCCACCUCCUGCCUACCUGCUGUUGCAUUUACAAUGACAUAUUUAUUCACUAAGUUGAUGUUGGCCUACAAAUUCUAGUGAACCCGUGCUGAUUACAAUUGAUUGAGCUUCAUUUGAACUCGCGGAGGCACACAAGUCAGACGGACUUUUGUAAACCAACAAAAUAAGGGAACUUCUGAAAGGUGGCAAACACUUUGUUUUUGUCUGAGCGAGUUCAAACUGAGGAGUGGCUUAUCGACCCAUUUCCGUGUGAGCUGCACUCACACACUCUCGUACACCUUGAUUUGUCUGCGGCUGUCGGCUAGAGAUCGUUGUCUCACUAGAAUGCAAAUUGUAAUUCAAAGAUCCGGGGACCGGUCAUCCAGGACAUUUAAAAUAUUUGUGUGUGUGUGUGUGUAUAUAAAAAGAACAAAUGUAUCGCAGCCACAAUGUUUCUAAGUUGCCAAGCUUUUUGUUUUGUCUUCAUUUUUAAUAGCUCGGUAAGGAAAAUGAAAUAAAGGUCUGUGUGAUUUUUAGAACAUGCUAAAGUAGCUGACAUGUAAGUCUACUGUCGGUAGUUUUUACAGUUCUUAACUCCUGCUAAAGUGAGAGUACUUUGUAGUAGCACAAAACAUGAUAUAAAAGCCUUCGCAUCUCACUUCACAUCCUAAAUGAACCUCUUUUUCCUUCGUGUGGACUCACUUUUGCGACUGGAUCUUGUGGGAAGUCAACGAUUAUGUGCAUGUUUGUAAUUCACAGUAAUAAAACUAACGGCGGUGCUCUGUUUGUCACAUUACCCGAUGGAUUGGAUGAGUUUAACCCGACCUGCAGUCCGUUGUUUGAAGGUGAGGGCUCUCUGCACACCGUGGAAACAUUUUGAAUCACCGUUUCACACCGAAAACAAUCUAGAGAGAACAAUGAAUGAUUCCUCGGAUUGUCUCGGUUUGUUGUUUCUAGUUUCUUCGGCCGCGCUGCGUGUUGCGUGUUUACUGAAUAGAGCUGAGUGCAGCAGAUUUCUUUUUUUUUUUUUUUUUACACGCUUUUAGACGUUUCCUGAUCGGAUUCUGUGUUCCUGUGCAGUGGACCAGUACCAGGCAGCUGCCUUGUGGUUUUAUUUUAAAAUGUCUCACUGUAGUGCUGAUAAAUAACACACUAAUGUCUUUUUUCUUUUUUUUUAAGUGCCUGCUUCCUCUCUGCCCAACCAAGUCAAAUGAUUUUACCCCUUUUCAAUCUGCUGUUGCUGAUAUUAAAUUGUCUAUUUAUUACGUGGAUGACUUGAAAGAAAUAAACACUGUCAGUGUGCUCUGCU